UUCUCUUAUGGAGGUAUAUUUAUGAAGGUGGGAGCCAAAAAUAUACUCGAAAAGUUUGUUGAUUUGAUUUAUAACUUUUAAACACUUAGAUGUGGGGUGUAUGGGUCUCCGUGUGUACUCUUGACCCAGUCGCCAUGAAUAUUAGUGGAAGGCCUGCGUACUAGGAAAUCAAUUGAUUUGCUUCCUACAAGACACCGUUGAGCUUUGUGGGUUAUUGCAUAAGGAAAGAAAAUGAAUGACAUUUAAGAAAGCUACCUAGAGUAUAUAAAAUCACCAUUUAUGUCCUCCACUUACAAAUUCUGGGCUUGUUCUGUUUCUCUUCUUCAGGUGAAAGGCCCGAAUGUUGGGCUUCUUGGCUUCUCCAAAGGGGGUGACCUGUGUCUCUCAAUGGCCUCUUUCUUGAAGGGCAUCACAGCCACGGUCCUUAUCAGUUCCUGUGUGGCCAACACAAUAGCUCCUCUGCAUUACAAGGAUAUGAUUAUUCCCAGUCUUGGCAGUGACCUAGGGAGAUGUAUAAUUAAUGAGUCGGGACAUUUGCAUUUUGUGGAUGUUUUGGACAACCCACUGGAAGAACCCAAUCACCCAAGUAUUAUUCCAGUGGAAAGGGCCCAGGGGCCCUUCCUGUUCAUUGUUGGCAUGGAUGAUCAAGCCUGGAAGAGUCACGUCUAUGCUCAGAUAGCCUCUGAACGGUUACAAGCCCAUGGGAAAGACAGACCGCAGAUAAUCUGCUACCCAGGAGCUGGUCAUUGCAUUGAUCCACCUUACUUUCCUCCUUGCAGAGCUUCUGUACAUAGAGUGUUAGGCCAAGCAAUGGUCCAUGGAGGUGAGCCAAAGGCUCAGUCAAGGGCACAGGUAGAUGCCUGGCAGCGAAUUCAGACGUUCUUCCAUAAACAUCUCAGUGGUGAAGAAUGAGCCCAGUCCAGCAAAAUAUAACAUUGUAGUAAUCAUAGACCAGAUACUAUGAAUAAAAAAUCUAAUUCAUAGGGGCGCCCGGGUGGCUCAGUCGUUGUUAAGCGUCUGCCUUCGGCUCCGGUCAUGAUCCCAGGGUCCUGGGAUGGAGCCCCACAUCGGGCUCCCUGCUCCACAGGAAGCCUGCUUCUCCCUCUCCCUCUGCUGCUCCCCCUACUUGUGUUCCCUCUCUCGCUGUGUCUCUGUCAAAUAAAUAAAUAAAAUCUUUAAAAUAAAAAUCUAAUUCAUAGAACAUGUAUGGGGUUUUGCAAAGCACAUAGGAAACUUUUGGCAACAAAAUAAUUAUCUUAGCUUCUGGUCAGGUCCUAUUGGAUUCCCAGACUUUGCAACCCUCCUUUCUUCACUGCCACCCCUUUCUCCCUGAACUUUCCCUACCAUAUAGGCUUAACCAUGAUCUUAUCCUAGGAUCAAUCUUAACCUGAAGUAGGAGAAAUGUGAGAAGUACCUGCCCAGCUCUUAAUUGCUGGUCUAGCUUUGACCUGUGUUCUGGUUUUGAAGACUGAGCUUCUGUAUUGCUAAGAGUUCUGUAUCCCGUGGGGUGCCUGGGUGGCUCAGUGGGUUAAAGCCUCUGCCUUUGGCUCAGGUCAUGAUCCCAGGAUCCUGGGAUGGAGCAGCAGCAUAUUGGGCUCUCUGCUCAGCAGGGAGCCUGCU